AUGGCAGAAUCAUCACGGAGAAUGAAAAGUAAAGAAUCAAAGGCGACAAAGAAGACAAAGUUGAGAUAUGUACGUGAUGAAGAAGAGUCUGAUGAUGAUCGUCUUGACUUAGGAUUGUUGGAUGUUGAACCAGAUAACUUCAAUCCUACAUCUAACUUGUGUGACGACCCUUUUCUUAACAUUUUAUGUGAUGAUAAAAUGUUAAAGAAUAAUCAGUUUGAAGGGGACGAUGAAGCUGAUGUUGCUGAUGUUGAAGACAUUCACCAGGAAGAGCUUGAGCAUGAACACCUUGAAGAUGAAAAUGGCUUGGAAGUGGGUGUCGAGUUCAGGGUGCACGAUCCUACCGUCAAGUGGAACCAAAUGAAGCCUACAGUUGCAAAACACUACAUUAAGGACAUAAUUAGGAAGCCCAAAAUGACACUACCUGAGAUGAUGGAGGAUGUCCUUACAAAAUAUUCAGUGAAAGUGUCAAAGGGGCAAUGUCAUAGAGCAAGGGUAAGGGCAAGGGAGAUGAUAGAAGGUAAACUGGAGGAACACUAUGCUAAGAUAUGGGAUUAUGCCAACGAAAUCCUUAGAUCUAACCCUGGAAGUACAUGCAAAGUAGGAGUUUCUGUAAAUCCAGAUGGGGUGAAUUAUUUUGAACGUUUUUAUGUAUGUUUUAAGGCAUUGAAAGAUGGAUGGAAUACAGGGUGCAGACGUGUGAUUGGCUUAGAUGGAUGUUUCCUAAAGGGACAAAUCAAAGGGGAGAUUUUGACUGCUAUUGGAAGAGAUGCUAACAACCACGUGUAUCCAAUUGCAUGGGCUGUAGUAAAUGUAGAGAACAAAGAAAAUUGGACUUGGUUUUUACAGUUGUUGGUUGAUGACUUGGGUGUUGAGGAUGGAAGGGGUCUAGUUGUUAUUUCAGAUCAACACAAGGGACUUCUAGAAUCUGUGAAAGCUAUCCUUCCACAUGUUGAACACAGGCAGUGUGCACGACACAUUUAUGCCAACUUCAGGAAGAGGCAUACAGGAAGGCCAAGGAGGGGUGGAGAAGAAGAUAAACAAAAGGCAGUUAAGCUUGUAGUGAAAAGAAAGAAGAAGAUAAAGAAGGCUAGAGAAGGAUCCUCAAACCAGGAUGGCCAAGGUGGGGUUGAAACUGCAAACGAUGCAACUGUGCAAGAAGAAAAUGGAACUGUACAGGAAACUGUACAGGAAACUGCACCCAAAAUUGUGAAUGAUGGGAAUGCUAUUUCUGAUGAAAUUGAUGUAUUGUUGCAAAAAUGUGGUUAUGAACCUCAUGAGAUUGAACAGGCUAUAGAAAACUUGGAAAUGGGUGUAGAUGCUAAUGCAGACUUAGAAGAGGAUGUUAAUGAGAUUGAAGAUAACUUGCUUGAAGAAAACUUGGAAAUGGGUGUAGAUGUUAAUGAGAUUGUGCCACCAGUGCAAGAAGUUGCUAUACAAGGUUUAGAUGCUAAUGCUUGGGUUGGUGAAGAUGAUGGGAAUAUUGACUUCAUUGAAGAUACACAAGUUGUUGGGAGGCCUAGGAAAAGGAAGAUUUCUGAGAGAAUUGUGAAAAUCAAGCUGAAGAAAGCAGUUUAUGAUAAGGAUGGAAGGGGUUCUAGUAUUAAGAAACCAGUUAAUUUGGAGUAG